GUGUGUCUUGAGGAGGCGCCGGAAGGCGUGGUCAGGCCUGAGCAGUCCCUAGAUCACAUGAAUGCAACAUUCAGAAAGAAAGACUGAGCACAAGAGAGCUUUCAAUGCUGCUACCACGUUCAGAAUCGGAGCCUUUAAGCUUCAUGGAGUGUUUAGAGUUCAGGCGUUAAUGUGGGUAGAAAACGUAAUUUGAAUAACAACAGCAACAACAACAACUGGAAUGUGAUUCCAUGCCCUCGCCACAAACAGUGUGAUUUACCCGCCCCUCGUUUUCAUUGGAAACUGGAAUAACUCCGCCUUCCAACAUAAAAUUCCAGUACAACUGCUGCAGACAUUGGGAAUCUGUGUCGGGUAAGUGCAUUAAAACCAGCCGUCGCAAUAAUACAUACCAUUAUACUAAUUUAAAAAUACACUACUGUAAAGCAAGCAGACUGUGCACUGCACAUUACUGCAAAAACAGUGGAACCAGUUUUUUUCCAAUGGAAACUGGAGUGAAAGAUACACAAUAACUCCGCCUUACAACAUAAAAUUCCAGUACAACUGCUGCAGACAUUGGGAAUCUGUGUCGGCACGAACUUCAUUGCCCGCAUUGCAAUCACCUCUGAUCUGCUACAGAAUUAAGAUUGCCUUAAGAGGGUGGGCCCUGGCAGCAGUAGACAAGACCAACAAUGUCUUACUAUUCCAGAGUAGUGUUUUCCACACUCCACACAAGUGCUGUGGGCAGGUUCUCAAAAGUGAAACCAACCCAAGUUUUGCAGAGUUUUCCUGCCACAUUGCACAAGCGAGCAUGCCCUGAGUUGAGUACAUCAGCAGCAGCAGCCAAUGCUGAAAAGGCCCUGUCUUUUAACUAUGUGAUUGUGGGAGCUGGAUCCGCGGGGUGCGUGUUAGCUAAUCGGCUCUCUGAAAACCCUGAUGAUUCGGUGCUUCUCUUGGAGGCUGGACCAAAGGACAUGCUCCUCAACAGCAAGCGCUUGUCUUGGAAGAUCCAUAUGCCUGCGGCUUUGAUCUAUAACCUCAGCAAUGACAAGUAUAACUGGUACUAUCAUACCACGGCACAGAAGCACAUGAAUAAUCGGGUUAUGUACUGGCCCAGAGGGAGGGUAUGGGGUGGAUCGUCCUCCCUCAAUGCCAUGGUGUACAUCAGAGGACAUGCAGAAGACUAUAACCGUUGGCACAACGAGGGGGCCACUGGAUGGGACUACGAGCAUUGCCUUCCCUACUUCAAGAAGGCCCAGGCUCAUGAGCUGGGUCCGAACCAGUACCGAGGGGGCAGUGGACCGUUGCACGUUUCACGAGGCAAGACGGAUCAUCCACUACACCAUGCGUUCAUAGAGGCAGGCCAGCAGGCUGGAUAUCCGUUCACAGAUGACAUGAACGGGUUUCAACAGGAAGGCUUCGGCUGGAUGGACAUGACUGUUCAUAAAGGUCAAAGAUGGAGCUCAGCUAGUGCCUACCUACGUCCAGCUCUCACGCGGCCCAACUUAAAAGCUGCAGUGAAAACCCUCACAACAAGAAUUCUGUUUGAGGGAACGAAAGCUGUGGGAGUUGAGUACAUGCAGAAGGGAGAAAAGAAGAAGGUUUAUGCCAACAAGGAGGUCAUUGUGAGUGGAGGUUCGAUCAACUCCCCACAACUUCUCAUGCUGUCCGGAAUUGGAAAUGCAGAUGACCUUAAAAACCUGGGAAUCCCUGUCGUGUCUCAUCUUCCAGGGGUUGGCCAGAAUCUUCAGGAUCAUCUGGAGCUGUAUGUGCAGCAGCAAUGUACUCAACCCAUUACUCUCUACCAGGCUCAGCAACCCUUCCUAAUGGUUAAGAUUGGCCUGGAGUGGCUAGGGAGAUUUACAGGAUAUGGUGCAACCUCCCAUUUAGAGUCUGGAGGAUUCAUCAGAGGACACCCGGGUGUGACUCAUCCUGAUAUACAGUUUCACUUCCUCCCAUCCCAAGUUAUAGAUCAUGGACGAGUGAAUCCGAAGAUAGAAGCGUAUCAAGUUCAUGUUGGACCAAUGAGAAGCACAAGCAGAGGCUGGCUUAAGCUGAAGAGUGCCAAUCCACAAGACCAUCCAAUUAUUGAGCCGAACUACCUGUCAACAGAUAUUGAUGUCUGGGAAUUCAGACAGUGUGUCAAACUUUCCAGGGAGAUUUUUGCCCAAGAAGCCUUCGACAAGUUCCGUGGCCAAGAAGUUCAGCCAGGCAUCAAUGUCCAGACAGACAAGGAAAUCGAUGCCUUUGUUAGAGAGAAGGCCGACAGCGCCUACCACCCCUCCUGUACCUGCAAAAUGGGGCAGCCCUCCGACCCCAUGGCUGUGGUUGACCCCCAAGCCAGGGUGAUAGGGGUGGAGAACCUACGAGUGGUGGACGCCUCCAUCAUGCCAAGCGUGGUUAGCGGGAACCUUAACGCACCAACCAUCAUGAUCGCUGAGAAAGCUGCCGACGUCAUCAAGGGCCUUCCACCGCUCCAUGAGAAGAAUGUACCUGUUUACAGAGCUAAAGCCCAGCGGUGAAUGGGUGGAGAAAAUACAACGAUGAUUAUACACAGACGGUACCCAGCUAGUGAUGUGCCAUUCUGCCUCACCCAUCUCCAGUUUGAACGGCUUGCCCAUCAACAAACAGGUGUUUAAACCUGGAUAGGUGCGUUUUUUAAAUAGUUCUGUUUUUACAAUUUAACUGUACAGAUUAAUGACAGAGCAUUUUAAAAGCAGUAGUAAUGCUUUUAAAACAUUUCCUUGCAUUGUUUACAAGCCGAUUUUAAACUGACACUUUUUAAAAAGUUGACCGUGCUGUUUUUAUGCAUACAUUUACAUGUCUUAAAUUCCGUUCUUACAGUCGAUUCAUAAGCAUGCAGAAGCACUGUUUUAUACAAGCAAGAUUAAGCAAAAUAAUAAAGGUCUUUAUUAUUGAAAUCCCGGGAGCACAGAAUAUGGGUUAAUGCACUUCCGUUUUUUUGAGCUGUAUUAAUACUGAUUAGAUUAACUGAAUGUAAUCUAUUACAGUUACUGAUAAGAUUAACUGAAUGUAAUCUAUUACAGUUUAUACUUAAUCUUCUAUUAAUCAUGUCCUGCUUUUUCAAAUAAUAGAUAAGAGUGUUAGUGUACCACUACAUUCAGGUUUAAUCAACAGGUAAUAAUUUAGGCUCACAGUUCAGUUUAAACCAAACAAAAAGAAUAUCAUGUUCUUGUCUGACUUGAGCACUGCACACUUUCCUUAAUAAUACACUCUUUAAAGCUGGUAUAGUUUGCUUACUUGUCCACUCAAUAUUCCAGAAAAAUCUGGUUAAUUCAUAUUGUUGAUCCACAGUGUAGUCUAAUCUGUGGGCAGCAGUGUGGAGUAGUGGUUAGGGCUCUGGACUCUUGACCGGAGGGUUGUGGGUUCAAUCCCCAGUGGGGGACACUGCUGUUGUACCCUUGAGCAAGGUACUUUACCUAGAUUGCUCCAGUAAAAACCAACUGUAUAAAUGGGUAAUUGUAUGUAAAAUAAUGUGAUAUCUGUAUAAUGUGAAAUAAUGUAUAAUGUG